GCUGAACCAAGACUUCUUUUGCUUAGUUCAAACAAACAACAAAACAAGCAAUGUCAUUAAAUCCACCAACUACCCAUAGAGAAUUCUCUGGGUUACCAGGAGCAAUAGGGAUAACAUUGGGAUUACCUACCCUUAUCACAUUCUUUGCAUUAAUCACUAACCAAACAUAUUCAAUCCAAGGAAUAAAUCUUGACAUAAAUGCAGUGCUCAAUCAGCUUCCCAACAGCACCGAGGGUUGGAUAGCGUUAUGUUUUGAUAAGCAAUGUUGGUUAGCUUACCUUGCCUGGUUUGGAAUAUUAGUAGCGUUAGAUUUCAUUCUUCCUGGAACUGCUGCUCAAGGUGUUGAGUUACGUGAUGGGCUGAAGUUGAAUUACAAGAUUAAUGGUCCUGCUGUGUCUUCUGUAUUUGUGGCUGUAUUAUUAGCUCGUGCAUGGCAAGUGAAGGGUUACUUUUUGCCUGAAUUACAAUUUGUUUAUGAUCAUCAAUUAGAAUUGACUCUUGUUACCACUAUAUUCUCGAUGUUAUUGGCUGUUUUCGUAUAUGUGUGUUCGUUCAUCCCCUUGACCAAGCCCAAUGGAAAGGGAACACAUGAAAGAAUUCUUUCUGUCAAUGGGAACACUCGUAACCCAAUUUAUGAUUGGUUUAUUGGUCGUGAAUUGAACCCUAGAAUAGGUACUUGGGACAUCAAGCUUUUCUGUGAAUUAAGACCAGGAAUGUUAUUAUGGUUACUCAUAAACUUGUCAUGCGUACACCAACAAUAUCACCAAUUAGGAAAAGUUACCGAUUCGUUAAUAUUGGUUAAUCUUUUACAAGCAUUCUAUAUUUUCGAUGGUGUACUCAAUGAAAAUGGAUUACUUACCAUGAUUGAUGUCACCACCGAUGGGUUUGGAUUUAUGUUAAGUUUUGGAGAUUUAGCUUGGGUUCCAUGGGCAUAUUCUUUACAAUCCAGAUACUUGAGUUGUCCUGGGAACGAAAUUGAAUUAGGCUGGACAAACUUAUCUUUAAUUGUAUUGGUCAAGGUGGUUGGAUUCUAUAUCUUCCGUAGUGCCAACAAACAAAAGUCAGACUUCAGACUGGGUAAGUUGGAUCACUUGAAGAGCAUUCAGACUAAAACCGGUUCAAAAUUACUUAUCGAUGGUUGGUGGGGUCUUUCACAACAUAUAAACUACUUUGGUGAUUGGUUAAUCGGUUGGUCUUGGUGUUUGCCAACUGGGUUUCAAACCCCAUUAACUUACUUCUAUGUCAUUUACUUUGGAACUUUGUUAUUGCAUAGACAAAUUAGAGAUGAGACUAAAUGUAGAGGCAAAUAUGGCAAAGACUGGGAAAAAUACGAAAAGUUGGUUCCUUAUAAAAUUAUUCCAUACAUUUACUAGUGUAUAUAUAAAUCUAUUCAUUCUUUUUAUCAUAGUCAACUUGUUUUUCAAAAGAAGAAUAAGUGACCUCUAAUGAAUUUAACCAAUUUAUACCCAAGUACAAGAUGGUCAAUAAGAAACCAGAUACAAUUAUACCAGACCAAAUUCCAGGAGUAAAGAACUGGUAAUUUGUAAACAAACUUGUGUUGGUAGAUUUCUUAGUAUCAUUGCUAGCUCUUGCUUCUUUAAUCGAUGCUUUAAAGACAGUGACAGUUUCAUCAUCAAUCAAGGAUUCAGCUUCUCUAAAGUCAGCUUCAACUUCCAGUUGAAUAUCGUCAUAGUUAGAACCAUCAGCCACAUCUCUCUUUUCAACAUCAUCAUGGAACAUAUCAUUCACUUGUUCCACAAUUUGGUUAACUUUAUUCCUUUUAUGGAAACUUGGAACUCCUUGAACAAUUACAUUUUCAUGCUUCAAGAAUUCAUCAAUUGAAUGAACACCUUCCGAAACUUCAACUACAACAAUAUUUGAUUGUGAUUGGUUGCUGUCUUGUUCAGACACAAUUUCCAAUGAACAAGCAGCAUCAAUUGGGAAUGACAAAUCCAGAAUUGAAUUGUAAUGGACAUGGUUCAAUAAAACACCAUGAUCUACUUGACUAGAUUUUAAUUGAUUGACACGAUAGAUGUACAAUUGUUUGUCAUUUGCACAUAACUGUUGAAUAUAUUGUAACAUGAAUUGUGAAAGGUCUUUAGAUUCAGUUAUGUAUUUGUGAGGAACUUCUAAAUCGAAAGAAGAAUACAACAAUGCAGUAUCUGCAAAUGCAUUGACUACGGAUAAUACCGAUGCAAUUAAACUUAAUGAUUGAACCUUCAUUUCUGAUAAGAUGAGUUGUUAACAGUGGUUUGGUU